AUGGCAUCUAGACCGGCCAUUCGAGUGGCGCCGCCUUCCUCCAGGUUAAGUCGCAGGGUGCUGUUCAUCUUCAGUCUAUCCCUCUGCUUCACCUACCUGUGUUACAACCUCCUCUUCUGCGCCCACCCCAUCAUGCAGAGACCUCUCGGCUUCGCGGAAGAUCGAGCCUGUUACUUGCUGCAAGCUGUGCCGCCGAAGAAACUCCUGCACAAGUCCCAGUACUGUGCCAACGAGGCGCCCGGGACCGCCAGCCGCGGCGAAGGGGACCGAGAGCAAGGCAGUCUCCUCCGAGCGUCCCCUCCCGAGCGGCGUCCCACCAGUAGGGCGGUCACCCCGGCGGCUCCGGUGUCGCCUCCUCACCAGCGGGACAGGACCAGCAACGCCACCUCCAGAAUGGGCAACAAGCGCCUGCCCCGGGCUAUCAUCGUCGGCGUGAAGAAAGGAGGCACUCGGGCCGUGCUGGAGUUCAUCCGCGUCCACCCCGAUGUGAGAGCACUGGGCACCGAGCCUCACUUCUUCGAUAGGCACCAUGAAAAGGGGCUGGACUGGUACAGAAGCUUGAUGCCGAAGACGUUGGACGGUCAGCUCACCAUGGAGAAAACACCCAGUUAUUUUGUCACCAAAGAGGCACCAAAGCGAAUCUUCUCCAUGGCAAAGGGCACCAAGCUGGUGGUGGUGGUCAGGAAUCCAGUGACCAGAGCCAUUUCAGAUUACACCCAAACACUGUCCAAGAAACCUGAGAUUCCAACCUUUGAGGUUCUGGCCUUCAAGAACAGGACUCUAGGCCUGAUUGAUGCCUCUUGGAGUGCCAUCCGUAUUGGGAUCUAUGCCUUGCACCUGGAGAACUGGCUCCAGUUCUUUCCCCUCUCCCAGAUCCAUUUCGUCAGUGGCGAGAGGCUCAUCAUUGACCCGGCCGGAGAAAUGGGAAAAGUUCAGGACUUCUUGGGCCUCAAGAGGAUCGUCACAGACAAACAUUUUUACUUCAAUAAAACCAAGGGAUUUCCGUGCCUGAAGAAACCCGAGAGCAGCAGCCUGCCAAGAUGCCUGGGCAAAUCUAAAGGAAGGACUCAUGUCCAGAUCGACUCAGAUGUUAUUGAGCAACUAAAAGAAUUUUACAGACCAUAUAAUAUAAAGUUUUAUCAAAUGGUAGGACAGGACUUUCGAUGGGACUAA